UAUAUAUAUUAGCUGUUUUCAUCUCAGAAGUCAGCAGUUGUAGACGUCUUCAUUCAGAAAGAUGAUGCGCAAACUCUUCAUACUUGCUUGUCUCGUCGCUGUGGUCUUUGUGACAAGAUCCAGUGCUGUGUGCCACCACGAAGGAAAAGACUAUGGUGAAGGAGAGUCAUUCAAAAAUGAUUGCAAUACGUGUAUUUGUAGUAAGAAUGGCGUGGCAGCUUGUACAGAGAUGUUAUGCCUGGCCAAAGUUAAGAGAUCCAGUGACAAGUGCCAUCAUAAUGGAAAAGAUUACAAUGUAGGAGAAUCAUUCCAAGAUGACUGCAACACCUGUCGUUGUGUAAAAGGUGGUUUGGCCGCUUGUACAAGGAUGUUGUGUCCAGAUCCAGGGAAAAGAUCAGCUGCUGUGUGUCACCUCUUUGGAAAAGACUUUGCUGAAGGAGAAUCAUUCAAAAAAGACUGCAACACAUGUGUCUGUGGGAAAAAUGGAAACGUAGCUUGUACUUUAAUGUUUUGCAUAAAUAAAGCGAAAAGAUCCAGUGACGGAUGCCACCAUAAUGGAAAAACCUACGCCGAAGGAGAAUCAUUCAAAAUAGACUGCAACACAUGUAUUUGCGGUAAAAAUGGUUUGGCAGGUUGUACAAGGAUGUUGUGCCCAGUUAAGAGAUCCAGUGACAAGUGCCAUCAUAAUGGAAAAGAUUACAAUGUAGGAGAAUCAUUCCAAGACGACUGCAACACCUGUCGUUGUUUAAAAGGUGGUUUGGCCGCUUGUACAAGGAUGUUGUGUCCAGGGAAAAGAUCAGCUGCUGUGUGUCACCUCGAUGGAAAAGACUUUGCUGCAGGAGAAUCAUUCAAAAAAGACUGCAACACAUGUGUCUGUGGGAAAAAUGGAAACGUAGCUUGUACCUUAAUGUUUUGCAUAAAUAAAGCGAAAAGAUCCAGUGACGGAUGCCACCAUAAUGGAAAAACCUACGCCGAAGGAGAAUCAUUCAAAAUAGACUGCAACACAUGUAUUUGCGGUAAAAAUGGUUUGGCAGGUUGUACAAGGAUGUUGUGCCCAGUUAAGAGAUCCAGUGACAAGUGCCAUCAUAAUGGAAAAGAUUACAAUGUAGGAGAAUCAUUCCAAGACGACUGCAACACCUGUCGUUGUGUAAAAGGUGGUUUGGCCGCUUGUACAAGGAUGUUGUGUCCAGCUAAAAAAUCCAGUGACAAGUGCCACCAUAAUGGAAAAGAUUACGCUGUAGGAGAAUCAUUCAAAAUAGAGUGCAACAUAUGUCGUUGUGUUAAAGGUGGUUUCGCAGCUUGUACAAAGAAGUUCUGUCUACCUCAAGUUAAACGAUCCGCUGCUGUGUGCCACGAGAAUGGAAAAGAUUAUGCUGAAGGAGAAUCAUUCAAAAAAGACUGCAACAUAUGUCAUUGUCUUAAAGACGGAAAAGCAGCUUGCACAAAGAUGUUGUGUCCACCUAAAGUGGAAAGAUCCAUUGCCGUGUGCCAAUAUAAGGGGAAAGAUUACGCUGAAGGAGAAUCAUUUAAAAUAGACUGCAACACAUGUAAUUGUCUUAAAGAUGGAGGAAUUCGUUGUACAAGGAUGUUAUGCCCGCCUAAAGAAAAAAGGUCCACAGGAGUGUGCCACCAUGAGGGGAAAGAAUUCAAAUUAGGACAAUUAAUCCACAUUGACUGCAACGUCUGUCGUUGUCUUGUAGGAGGCAUCGCAGCCUGUACAAAGAAGAGCUGCCCACCUAAAGAGAAAAGAUCCACUGCUGUGUGCCACCACAAUGGAAAAGACUAUGCUAAAGGAGAAACAUUCAAAAUAGACUGCAACACUUGUCGCUGUGGUAGAAAUGGUGCUGCAGCUUGUACAAGGAGGUUCUGCUUCCCAAAAGGUUGCGUGUACAAUGGUAAAUUCUACAAGGUUGGAGAGUCCUUCAAAAAGGAUUGUAACGACUGCGUCUGUACUGAAAGAAAUGCUGCCGUCUGUACUCUGAGAGGCUGUGUACAUUGAAAAGCAUAAAAUGAGGGCUUGUAACAGCUUGUGCUAAUCUUGAACUAAUUAGACUAUGACCUCGGAAUUCUCUGGAAGAUAAAUGAAAAACAGACCAGAACUAUGAAAAUCAAAUUUCCUUUUAUUUGAAUUAUACUAUGAGAAUCUUGAAAAUAAAAUUGCUUUAAAUGAA